UACACCGCUAUAUCAGGGGAGACAUGGAGGAAGUACAUCUCGGGCAUGUGCCUUGCCAAUCCACUCCACAGCAAAGACUCCGACCUCUCGCUGGAUCUGACGUCUCCUGAAGACCAGUCUGCUGCUCCAGAUCCUUCCUCCUUUGCUGGCUUUAUGUCAUCACGAUGCCGCGCCUACCUCCAGUCGCACAGGCCGGUUGACCACCCCGUUCCGGGCGCUCUCGACUAUGGCUGUAACUGCUACUCCUCCGGAGAGGAACUCAACGCGGAGUGCAUCAUCGUAGGGGCGUGGAGGAGCAUGUUGACCUGGCUCGACAAGCUUUACGCAGACCCGACGUAUGCGGAGGUAGAGCUGCUCGUUGAAGAAGACAUUGACGACGGUGGCUGGGAUCAGUGGAGGAAACAGGGACAGAAGGCAGAGGAUGAAGAGUCGCCAAAAAAUGGCGACGAAACGUCCCAGUAA